AUGGCUGGAACAUCCAAGAAGAAUAGAAAGAAAAGGAAUGUACUCGUUGAGUACGAAUUUCUGCUUAAUCUUUUUCCUUAUAACAUAUGGGUGAGGAUUGCCACGAAGAUUGCAUCGAAUUCGAUUCAGGAACUGUUUCACAUGCAGGCAACAUGCAAGGUGUUUCUUGAUGCAGCGAUGUCCGACGCUGUCUACAAGUAUGCGACGAUGUGGUAUCUGCUGCUAGUGUCCUCUUCAUAUUACUUUGAUCGGCCUGAAAGGAGGUUCAUUGAUCGCUGCCAACUGGUUAGGGCUGCAACGGAAGACAAUGUUGAAGUCGGUUACGUGUGUGGCAUGCCGUUGCUAUGUAAUAACAAAGACAAAGCAGCAAAGAAGGGGAGUUGA